GGUAGUGAGCAUGGGAGAACGAAGAUCUGACAGACGAUACACAAGGAGAGCCUGUGAUAACGAAGCAAGGCCGAAACAGGAACAAAACAAGGAUGACGACAAUAAAGUUCCUUCGGGUUGUUCGGAUAGGUCCUUUGAUGCCAUGGAAUCCCAUUUUCCUAAUGGUAAUCCGAGCACCUUCCCUAUGUCGCCUCGAUUACCAGGAAACCAGUUACAUUGAAGAUAACUCAAACCAAAACGGUGCCAUCUCCCUGAUUUUCUCUCUCAAAGAAGAAGUAGGAGCAUUAGCUAAAGUCUUGUGCUUGUUUGAGGAGAAAGAUAUAAAUCUAACCCACAUCGAAUCCAGGCCAUCUCUUCUAAAUAAAGACGAAUAUGAGUUCUUCAUAAAUCUGGAUAACAGGAACAUACCAGCCCUGGAUGAAAUCAUAAAGAGACUGAGACAUGAAAUCGGUGCCACUGUUCAUGAACUUUCUCGCGACAAGAAGAAGGACACUGUGCCAUGGUUCCCAAGAACGAUUCAAGAGUUAGAUAAAUUUGCCAAUCAGAUUCUCAGCUAUGGGGCUGAACUGGAUGCAGACCACCCAGGUUUUAAAGAUCCUGUAUACCGGGCUAGACGGAAGCAGUUUGCUGAUAUUGCCUACAACUACAGACAUGGGCAACCCAUCCCGAGGAUCGAAUAUACAGAGGAGGAGAAGAAAACAUGGGGAACAGUGUUCAGGACCCUAAAAUCAUUAUAUACAACGCAUGCCUGUUAUGAACACAACCACAUUUUCCCUCUUCUGGAAAAGUACUGUGGUUUUCAAGAAGGCAACAUUCCACAACUGGAAGAUGUUUCGCAGUUCCUCCAAAGCUGUACUGGGUUUCGCAUUCGACCCGUGGCCGGCCUUCUUUCUUCCCGGGAUUUUUUGGGAGGGCUGGCAUUUCGAGUGUUCCACUGUACCCAGUACAUCAGACAUGCAUCCAAACCGAUGUACACACCUGAACCGGACAUCUGUCAUGAGCUUCUUGGACACGUGCCGCUGUUUUCCGAUCGGAGCUUUGCCCAGUUUUCCCAGGAAAUUGGACUUGCAUCUUUGGGAGCCCCUGAUGAAUAUAUUGAGAAGCUCGCUACGAUUUACUGGUUUACUGUGGAGUUUGGGCUUUGUAAACAAGGUGGCUCCAUAAAAGCUUACGGAGCCGGGCUUCUGUCUUCAUUUGGUGAAUUACAGUAUUGUUUAUCGGAAAAGCCUCAGCUUCUGCCACUGGACCUGGAAAAAACAUCAGUCCAGAAAUAUGGCAUCACUGAAUUCCAGCCCAUUUAUUUUGUUGCUGAAAGCUUUAAAGAUGCAAAGGAAAAAGUGAGAAACUUUGCUUCAACAAUUCCUCGACCUUUCUCCGUGCGCUAUGAUCCGUACACACAGAGGAUUGAGGUCUUGGACAAUACAGAUCAGCUUAAAAUUUUGGCCGACUCCAUCAGUGGUGAAGUUGGAAUACUCUGCGGUGCCCUUCAGAAAAUAAAAUGAAGAUCGAUUCAGCAACCUCAUCUGCCAGAAGUAACAUACCAAAUUGAUUGCAGGAAAAUAUUGCAUUCUCUUUAUUUUUCUCAUCUAAUCCCUACAUGUAAACUGUCUAGCAUUAACCCUACAAAUUACUGUCCUUCUGAGCUUGGGGAUAUACUUUGAUUAGAUAUAAUUCUAUUUUCUCACUUUAGCUUUGACUUAUUUGACAAGGUGGCUUUAAUUCUAAUUUGAAUUUAGGACCUGUAUUAUUCAAACAAUAUACUAUUUUGCUAUUGAUGGAAUAUGAACUCAUGAAGGAAUGAUGAACAUUAUAUGUUAGAUUCAAUUGAAUUUUUGGUCUUUACUGUAAAUCUUAUCAAAUUUUAACAAAAUUUCCAACUAGAAAUAGGUGGGCACAGUAGUUUCAAGGUAAUAGAUUCCUUUGUCAGUGCCUUAGCUAUUACUUGAUGACAGACACUUCUGGAGAUUCUAUAAGCCUUUCUGCCCACUAGGAUAUCCUUUAGUAUUCAGCCCUUUGUGGGACUUGGACUGAUUAGCUGGUUGACUGAUUGUCUAAAUGACAAUGGACUGGACUGACUGUCCAAACUGAUUAGCCUGUAUCUGUCCAGCACUUAAUACAGUGCCUGGCACAUAGUAAGCACUAAUAAAUUCCAUUAAAAAAUCAUCUAGCAUUUGUUUCUGGCAAAGAAAUGUACCCCUUACCAGUUCAUACAAUAUGAUUUAAAAUAUGAUAUUCUUGCAUCAGUUUAAUAUUUGUUUUUGACAAAGAAAUUUAGUCCUGCCAAUCUAUAUCUUCUAGGUGAAAAACCACGGCUAAGCCCAGCCCGUAACAAAUGUAGUAAUAUUCAUCUUAGAUUGUUGGUUGGGAGCAUUUGAUUUGAAAGGAUUAAAUAGCCUGGUGUUAGAGCUUUGAAGGUUGUUAUUCAAUUUGGCAUCCAUAUUUUGAGGCUCAUUGCCUUGGCAUUUAUUAAGAACAAAAUUAAUCUUUUUCCUCUCUGAUUCAGUAUUGCUGAACCCACCAAGAUAUAGUUACAAAUAAGACAAGUCUCAUUAUUUAAGCUUUAAGAUCUCUUUUUUAAGUAUUGUAAAAAUGAAACAUUUAAUGCAAAAAUGAUCUCUUGAUUUAGCUUCAAAAUAUAUUCAAAGAAUUGAAUUUGAAGGUUAGUUACCUCUGGUUGCUAGUCUUUUUCCAAAGAAGAAAAUAGGUGCAUCUAAAACUGAACUGUGUGGGCUGAAUGCUUCUGUUGUUCUGUUUGGCAGGCCGCUCUCUGUGUUUAGGUAUCAUAUCUCUGCCUGUUCUAAUAGUUCUCUGCAUUUUCCCAAGACACUGUCAUCCAUUUUUCUUGUUUAUCAAAUGAGUGACUUAUGAGUAUGUUAUUCUGAAUAUGGGAUGCGUUGCCUAUGAUUUAUUUCAUUCUUUACAAACAAAAGACAUGUGUGGUUAGGAGAAUUAUUACACAUGCAUGCAUUUCAGCAAUAUUUGAUCUCACUACUCAAUGACAAAUGGAAAUUUUCCAUUUUUUUUUUCAAGUUAAGACAUUUGCCUGGCUUUGUUUUAAAGGAAAAUUAAAUUGAAAUACACAGAGAGGCAUAUGAGGUGCAUUUGGUCAAUAUGCAGUAUUUUACAAAAUAAAAUUCAGUAGAACUUCAA